AUGUUAUCCCUCUCCCUCACUCGAUUAUGGGUAUUUCUCGUCCCUAUAGUACUCGUAUCAAGUAUAGUCUUGCCUUCUCCUGCUCAUUCACCAUCAAACGACCACACCGGAAUAUCACUUGGAGAUAGACCGAACGGUGAUUUGAGGGAAUUCAUGGAAUUCGAUUUGGAUCAAGUGUCACUUCGAUUGCCUAGGACAGGAAAUGAAGGUCAAGGUUGGUUGACAAGAUGGUUAAGUAUGGGUGGUGAAGGUGAAGUUGUAAUUCAUCUGCCACCUUCUUCAACCGAAACCAAUUCCAAUCUAUCAUUACCUCAUCGUCCAGCUGCUUUCCCGUCGGUAUCGACUUUCCCACUGCCUUUAUCUGGCUUCCUGAUAUCCUUCUCGAACUUGCCCGAUACCCCGAAAUCAAGCAAUACAACAUCGACCUCGCCCAAUCAGGCAUGUGUUCCUCCGAUUGGACUACCUAGACCACCUUCCUUACCUUCGAAAGCAGAGGGUGCGAACUUGGUGUUGAUCGAAAGAGGUGGUUGUGAUUUCGCUACAAAGAUCAGAGCAGCUCAAGAUAGAGGUGCGCAUGCAGUGGUAGUGGGUGAUAGUAUCGCACAUAAAGAUGAAAAUGAUGAAGAAGGUCAAAGGAGAGAGACUUUGAUCACAAUGUUCAGUCCUGAAGACACAGAGUCGAUAUUCAUUCCAUCGGUCUUUGUCUCACGAGCCUCUUACCUCGUCCUGCGCGACCUGCUUGCCAAUGGUACCUCCUCUGGUAAAGAUGGGCGAGAUGGAUUAUGGGUUGACCUAAGUCAAGGUUCUGACGAGUCUGGCGCUCUCACAAGCUUAUUGUCAUUCGCACUAUUAAUGCCAAGUCUCUUCUUACUGGCCACUAUUGCUGUUCAUAGAAUACGAGUUGCUAGACAACGUGAAAAAGAUAGAGCUCCUCCUAUGAUAGUUCUAUCUCUUCCAGAAAGGAUAUGGACACCUGAUAUCGUAUGGGAAAAAGAUGAUUCCUCAUGUUCUUCAUCAGGUGAAUCGAUCAAAUCAACAUCUCUAGAUAUCAAUGAGCCGAUCCCUAUAACGCCAUCAAAUGUAUUAAAUGAAGAUGAUAGGAUGGCAGCUUCUUCUUCAUCGUCAUCAACUCCAAUUCCACCUCCGCCACCAAUAUCUCCAUCCGAAGUGAAAACUCCUCCAGCCGUUUCAGUUGAGAUCGAAGAUCCUCUGUCUGUUCCACACAAUAAAACAACAAAGACAAUCGCCACUGCCAUUGCAGAAGGAUCAAAUAAACGUACACAUCAUCAUCAGCAUCCUCAUCGUGUCAAAAGACAAUACUUCUCAAAAGAUGAAUGUGCGAUUUGUAUGGAUAAUUUCGCAAGUGGUGAUGUGGUCAGAAUAUUACCUUGUGGUCAUGUCUUCCACAAAGAAGAAUGUGAUGAAUGGUUGAUGAAGUGGAGGAAGUUGUGUCCUACAUGUAGGGCAGAUGUCACUUUACCUCCAGGAGGUAAUUUCAAGGGAUCAACAAUCACUCCAGUAUCAAACCCACCUAUUUCAGGAGAAGAUUCAGCGCAUGACUUGCAAGAUAGAUCUUGGACGAGCAUGUUCAGAUCUGCCAGAGAAAGAUUACACGGAUUUGGUUUAUGGAGAAAUGGAGUUAGAUUAGAUGAUAAUGAAAGUGACGGAAGUAGUGAUGAAGGUGAAAGAACACCAUUAGUAGCGAGAUCUCCAAACAGUCAAAGAAGAAGUAGAUCUGCAACUCCAUGA